AUGGUGUCGCUGUCCUUAGACUGGGGAGUGCCGGUGUUCUUCCACUUGAGCGUAGACCGGUACUUCAAGCGUCCGGGGUUCCGCACGCUGCACUUCACCGGCAACCCGUACAUGCUCGAGUGGUUCAUGGCACGCAAUGCGCUUCAGGAGAGAGGCGUCCUUCUCGCUUACUUCGACCGCGUUUCGGUCUUGCUGAACGGCUCGAGCGCGUCGAAAAGCGUCGUGGAAGAGGUUCUCCAGCUGGACAACCACGUGCUCAUGACAAUGGUGCCUUCUCUGGUGGAUCCGCGACCUGACACCGACCUAGUGUACAUCGUCAUGGAGCAGCUGGACUAUAUCACGGGGCCUUACCUGUCCACUGCUGAGUGGCUGCUAGUCCUAAACAAGCAUUUGCCCGUGGAGCUGGGUCCCAACGACGAGAUUUUCGUCAUGAACCGGCGGCUGCUGCGCCUUGUGGGUCUCCUCGUCGGCAACGUGGAGGACACCACGAGUCUGCUCGCCUACGUCACCUGGCACGUGGUGCGACACCUCGCGAGCGUGACGUCGUACCCGUUGUCGCGGGCCCAGUUCGCCGACGCGCCCGGCGCCGACACGAUCACGCUGGGGUACAUGAUGGGCCGCUGCUACAUGGACGCCGACUCGGCGAUGCCGUUCGCAUUCGUGCACGUCUUCAACCGGCGCUGGCUACCCGCAGACUCCGUUCGCGACGCGAGAGGCGUACUGAACAGCAUCCGGGCCGUGGCCAACUCGACCAUGGCCUCGCUGUCCUGGAUGGAUGCCGAGACGAAGAGCGGCGCGCUCGAAAAGCUGGCCACCCUGCGCGCCAUUGUGGGCAGCCUGGAGCGGGCCUCCGGAGAAGACUCCCUGCGAAGCCUCUACCCUUACGUGCCGGAACUGAGCGGCUCGUACCUGAACAUGGCUCUCGCGCUGCGCUCGGCGGAGUUGCGUCAUGCGAAAAAGUUCCUGCGCGUCAACGAAUCCUCAAUGGCCGCGGCUUCCGACGAAGUUAGCGUGCCGCUGACGCUCGUCAACGCAUUCUACCUGCCCGUGUACCACGUGAUGGUCAUCCCGGCUGCCAUACUGUACCCGCCGUUCUACGUCGCGGGCUACCCAGCGUCUUACAACUACGGCAGCCUGGGCCACGUCGUGGGCCACGAGAUGACCCACGCGUUCGAUCCGGACCUGGGACUGUACGGCCGCGACGGCCUCCGGCACAAUUGGUGGACGCCCGCCUCCGAGGAGAUGUUCCUCCGCAAACUGAUGUGCCUGCGACGUCUCUACAACGAGAUACCCUGGUCUGGAGGCGCCAACUUUGGAGAGCACGCGCUGUCUGAAAACUUCGCCGAUAGCGGCGGCAUGCUUAAGGCGUACAGAGCCUACCAGGCGAGUGCCAAAGAGCGUGGGACGGUGCCGCCGGGACUCUCUCGAUUCAGCGACGAGCAACUGUUCUUCGUGAGCAGCUGCUUCAAGUGGUGCGCCAGCGAGGAGAAACAGAACGCCGGCCGGUACUCGCCGCCUCGCCUUCGCUGCAACGUGCCCUUGCUCAACAUGCCGGAGUUUGCGCAGGCGUUUGAGUGCGGCGCGGGCAAGGCCAUGAACCCGUCUACUCACUGCGACGCAAUGUGAUUAUACGUAACUACAGUAUAUAUACACGGCGAUACGGCAAAAAGGUUGUUUCCACUCGCUGAGACUGUUUUCUCAUUCACGUGACUGUCAAUAAUUCGCUCACACACGUACCUAGAAAUUUCUUUUCA